AUGAAGGAGUCUCUGCUGAGAGGUGAUACCAAUACUAGGCGUGCUGUGAAGCUCAUUCAAACUGAUUUCUUAGUUAAUAAUCACCCUAUACAUGUUGCUAAAAACAAAAAGGAUCUAGCAUUGUUCCUCACAGCCGAAGGAGUUCUGGUUCCUGGAGAAGAUGCAGGAACAUUUAAGAUUUCUUCACUAUUGCAAAUAGUCCCUAAAGUAUUUCUGACUUCUUCUAAAGUAGAUGUUCCCUAUCAUCCUUCAACAAGUGCUUUAGAUAUUUUUAAGGUCUUGAUGCAAGUUGUUCGUGUAUUUGAUCAAGAAACAAUAUAG